GCGUGUUUGUGUUUUGCUGGGUUGCCACUUUGCAACUGCUGUUGCAGCUCCAUUAGCUUGGCCAUGGCACUCUCCUCCACGCUUCUUCGGUCCUGGACCUUUGCCACUGCUGCAUUGGGUAUCUCUCGAAGUAUCAGACCGUCUUGGAGAGGUGGAGCUGCUCGGUUAGUUUGUAGUAGUGAAGGAAUGCAGAGCGUGAGCACAGAAUCGGGUGGACAGCAAGCAGUGAAGCAAGCCAUGUUCAAGGACGCCUCACAUUUGAUUGCCGUGAAUCCUCCGCGGUUGAAUUACGGCGUGUGCGUCUCCGAUCUCGAUGGAGAUGGCGAGUUUGAGCUUUUUGUCUGUGGCUUUGGGUUUCAGAAUCAAGUAUUGAAGUGGAAUGGCAACGAAUUGGUGGACAUUGCUGUUGGGACUCCUCUCGAAGAUCCAGAAACCAAGUCCAUUGGUGUGGCUGCCGCGGAUUUUGAUGCCGAUGGUCGUGAAGAGUUAUAUGUCCUAAACACGGACACAUUUCUCGGGCGCAAGAAGGUCACAGAUCGCUUGUUUGAUUCUCAGAGUGAACAAUGGGUAGAUCUCUUCUCUCUACCUAGAAACAUGGACGAAUCGAACAUGUGUGCUGGGCGAUCUGUGUGUGCCGUAGAUCGCCUUGGCAAUGGAAAGUACUCAUUCUUCGUAGCAAAUUAUGGGGGUUUGAUGAAGAUGUUUGAGAUGACUGAAGAAGGCUUUGUAGCCGAUGUUGCUUCAGAAGUAGGGCUGGCGACGUACCCAACUGGUGGGAGAGCGCUUGUAUCUUUACCUCUGAUUUCACAUUCGUCAAUGGAUAUCUUUGCUGGCAACGAGGGGGGUCCAAACUUUUUAUUCAUCAACAAAGGAGAUGACAGUGGGCGAUUUGUUGAGUGCGCCUCUGCAUAUGGGCUGAUGGACGCAUUAGAAAAUUGUCGAGGCGUUGCAGUAGUUGAUGCUAUGGGCGAUGGUCAAUUAGGACUGGCGUGUGGGAACUGGCAGGGGUCUCACAGGCUAUUUUCCGUAUCUGGACCUGGACCAAUAGGAGGCGCAAAAGCACUGGGAUUCAAAGACGGUGAUGUUGGAGGCUUUAAGGACGUGGCUCCACCAGCAAUGGCUCGACCCUCUGCGAUACGUACCGUCAUUGCUGCUGACUUCGAUAACGAUGGCUACGAGGAACUUUUCUUCAACAAUAUUGGCGAUGCCAACCGCUUGUUUAGACAGAGCGGUGCAGGCAAUUGGGUUGAGUGCGACAUUGGUGACGCUAGUGAGCCAAAAGGAUUGGGAACAGGGGCUGCGGUAGCAGAUUUUGACGGUGACGGUCGGUUGGAGCUACUUAUUUCGCAUGGAGAACUCCGCGCGCAACCUCUUUCUCUCUAUCGAUCUCCAGAGAAUGACAAUGCUUGGAUGCGUGUGAAGCCCCUCACAAAACAGGGUGCACCUGCAAGAGGAGCGACCGUAAGGCUUGUUGAUGAAUCUGGCCGAGUGCAGAAGCGAGCCAUUGAUGCAGGAAGCGGCUACUUGUGUUGCAUGGAACCGGUGGCACAUUUCGGCUUGGGUUCUUUGGCUGGACCUGUCAACUUGCAAAUCGUCUGGCCAGAUGGUGCAGAGGUAACCAUGGCAAAUGUUUCCACCCGGCAGCUAGUUACUGUGUUUCAUCCUUGAAGAAUACAACUAUUUUAAAGUCGCUUAGCUGGGACAUCACAAACAGUUCAAAUUCGCUUCUGUGCACUCAACUUCUUGCCCUUGUUGAGUUAUCUUCAGAAUGGGCAAAUUUCCUGUUCUUCAAGAUAUUUUGUGUUUGUUGCGAUAAGCACUGUCCAAGGGUGAAAAGCAUCGUGAAUAUAUUUUGUGAAUUGAUUUUUUUGCCCUUUUCCACCAA